AUGGAGGUCGGCUCUCAGCACCAGCUUCCUCCUACUUUGUUGGAGUUGCUUUCCAACACCCUGGUCUUGGAUGCUACACUUCCCUACCUGGCCCUUCCAACCGUCCUCCGACUCUCGGCGGUGUCCACGGCCUUCCACAGGCUUAUCUACGAGACCCCAAGAGUCUUCCGCUUCCUGGAUCUCCACAGGUGUCGAGGUGCUUAUGUUCCUCCUUCAGUCAUGCCCGUCGAUUCGGGAGGCCACAGUUGGCGUGCCGAACGGUUGGACGAGAAUCUGACCGAAGAUGAAUUCUACAGUGGGCCUUUACGUGGCAUCCACACGAAGCUGUCUAAGAUAGGGGUCAUGAAGGAUGUUCAGACUCUGGUUCUGGAUGGUCUUGGAUCGGUGACCCAUGACGUUCUUUCGGAUAUCCUCUUGUCGGAUCAAUGUAACGUACGCAUCCUGUCAGUCAUUGGAUGCAAGAACCUCAACCAGCGCAAGUUUCAGAGGCUUUUGCAUUACAUGUGUCGGCCCGGUAGGCCGGAGGGAUCUCCUCGACUCAAGGGUGUCUAUGUUUUUGGCACGAACGAGGCUGUGGCCAAGCAGAGCCAGAGCCGUAUUUCCGCCAGCAGAGAAGGUGGUGUCACUGCUUUGCUGGGAGCCCAGAUAGGCGCAUCAACUACAUCUCCGCCCACUAUUACAACCACUUAUCCUCAGUCAAACCCGAAUCCUUGGUUCUCACCCACCGGCCUCGUCCUCCCCCUCCUGAUCCUCGAACCCAAUACCUGGGCAGAAACCCUCCGUGUGUGCAGUGGCAUAAUAGCCUUUGACGCUGUCCUCUGCACUCACAUGCAUUCGGAGAUGGCGCCUUACCGCUCCGAUGCCAUGAACACCUACCUCGCCAGCAGUGCCAUGACCAUGCCCAUAGCCACGUAUGCCCUGGGCUCGGGUGGCUGCGCGGGCUGUGGGGCGGCUCCCGACGACGCGCCGGUUUGGGGUCAAAGCGACGUGACAGCUUUCCCAUUAGCCUCGCCUCCUCCGUUCUCAGGCCGGCUGGUUGAUGCCGUGCGUCCUCCUUCAAUCCCAGGCUCCUCGCAGGAGCAGAGAUUGGUGGUGGGCUGUACCUGGUGUCUCAGUGACAGACAUUGUCAGUGCUGCCAUCGGUACUGGUGCGGCAGGUGCUAUGAUCCGCAGAGAAGGAAGCGGGCACUGCAGUUGGAAGCCCAGGCCGAGCAUGAGGAGGGUGAUGCUGGUGCUGUGGCGGAGGAAUUGAAGAGGGCAGAGGGUGCAAGUAACACCAUCAUCAAGGUAUAUAAUGGUCUCUGUACUCAGUAUUGCGCUUUUAGUGAGGAUGUGGCGGCGGGGAACGGUGCGAUGUGGGGAUGA